AUGUUCUUCUUCACUUCCCUCUCUUCUUCACUUCAUCCUCUGUUCUUCUCCUUCAUCCUCUGCUCUUCUUCACUCCCUCCUCUGCUCUUCUUCACUUCAUCCUCUGCUCUUCUUUUCACUCAUCCUAUGUUCUUCUUCACUUCAUCCUCUGCUCUUCUUCACUUCAUCCUCUGUUCUUCUUCACUUCAUCCUCUGUUCUUCUUCGCUUCAUCCUCUGUUCCUUCCUUCAUCCUCUGCUUCUUCACUUCGUCCUCUGCUUCUUCACCUCACUGCUCUAAUCUGGGCUCCACAGUCUUUUACCAGCAUUCUGUAGUAGAAGCCUGUGUGCUGCAUGGACUCAAACGUCGUAUUGCAGGUCUGCUGUGCACUAAUAAGGUUGCAGCAUUAUUCAUGAAGAUGGCAAAAAGUUUUUCACCGGCAGAAGAGCUUUGUCAGAAGGUUCAGGAGCUGGAGCAGCUGAUUGAAAACAGUAAGCAGAACAACUCUUCUCUGAGUAACGACCGUGGGCGUCAGUCCAAACUGGCCAACCUUCCUCCUCAGGCGUUGAAACACUUGUGGAUUCGAACCGCGCUGAUGGAGAAGCUCCUAGAUAAGAUUGUCCUGUACUUGGUAGAAAACAGCAGUACUUACUAUGAGCGAGAAGCCAUGUUGAUGGAUCCUGUGGAUGGACCAAUUCUUGCAUCACUACUGGUGGGUCCGUGUGCGCUGGAGUACACCAAAGUAAAGACAGCGGACCACUUCUGGACCGACCCUGCUGAUGAACUGGUUCAGAGACACCGCAUCCACAGUGGACACUGUCGGCAGGUCCCGUCCAGACGACCGGCCCUGAUCCAAAAGCGACAGUCCAGUGGAAGCAUAGAUGACCGUCCUCUCAUGUGGGUGAGGGACUAUGUAGAAUCCCUCCAUCAGAACUCCAGAGCCACACUCCUGUUUGGCAAGAACAAUGUUCUAGUGCAACCGAGAGACGAUAUGGAGGCCAUCCCAGGAUACCUGUCUUUACAUCAAACCGCAGAUCUGAUGACACUGAAGUGGACGCCCAAUCAGCUGAUGAACGGCAACGUGGGGGAACUCGAUUCUGAGAAGAGUGUCUACUGGGAUUAUGCAAUGACGAUUCGUUUGGAAGAGAUCGUCUAUCUCCACUGUCAUCAGCAAGUUAACAGCGGCGGGACGGUAGUUUUGGUGAGCCAGGAUGGAAUCCAAAGACCUCCUCUGCAUUUCCCCAAAGGAGGACACCUGCUUCAGUUCCUCACAUGCCUUGAAACCGGACUGCUACCACAUGGACAGCUGGACCCGCCCCUCUGGAACCAGAGAGGAAAGGGGAAAGUUUUUCCCAAACUUCGGAAGAGGAGUCCACAGAGCUCAUGUGACUCUGUAUCAGACAAGGAAGAAGAUGAAGCAACUGAUUAUGUGUUUCGGAUCCUCUUUCCUGGCAAUCAGAUGGAGUUCAUGGCCCUGGAGCUAAUGGACCAAGGAGUAAGCAUGUGGCAACCGACCCAGAGAAAAUCCUCCUGCUCUUCCUGCUCACAGAAUGGUUCAUCAGAUGGUUCUUUGCCUUAUGGCUGCAACCAAGAAAGGGCUCCGUUAAAGCUCCUUUGUGACACCAUGAAGUACCAGAUCAUUUCUCGUGCUUUCUAUGGAUGGCUGGCGUACUGCCGUCACCUGUCCACAGUUCGUACUCAUCUAUCUGCUCUGGUUAACACCACUAUCGUGGAUCCUGAUGUUCCUGCUGAUGCCUACAGUGGGCUCUCGGUGGAGGUUUGGGGUCAUUUCCUCCAGGACAGCUCUGCCUAUGAGGAAAAGGAGAUCCACAGACUGGUGUAUUUUGGUGGAGUCGCCCCUUCAAUUCGUAAAGAAGUGUGGCCCUUCCUGUUGGGACACUACCACUUCAGCAUGACUGAGAAAUGCAGAUUGGAGAUCGAUGAGCAGAUGAGGACCAUGUACGAACACACUAUGAAGGAGUGGCAGGGGUGUGAGGCCAUCGUUGCCAGAGAGAGAGAGAAACAUGCAGAGGCAUUAGCCAGAUGUUUGUCCGGGGCCAGUUUGGAAAGAGGACCAGUGCAGAGGGACUCCACCAUCAGCACAGAUUCUUCUCUCAGUAGCAGCUCAGGUCAUCAGAAUGUCCAGUCCCAAAGUGACUCCAGCAGUAGCACACAGGUAUUUGAAUAUGUUGAAGCAGCAGAACAGAUUGAACCUGAGCCCACAGCGGAGGGGGGAGAAGGAGGGAUCCCAGAUGAACCUGCACAUGCUCAGUCGUCCACCUGCAGCCGCUCUUCGACACAAGUGUCAAAUCAGCAGCCGGAUUCAGAUGUCAGUUCACCAACCACCGAACCACCGGCCCAGUCCGCUAACCCUCCAAAGGGAACUACAGCUGGAGAAGAGCCAAUGAGGAGCCCAGCAGCCAGUGAGUCAGCUGGAGGGGGGUCAGGGGGGGCGGACCCAGCAGCCAGGGACGAGGAUUCAACCACAGGGACAACAGAGGGCACGGAUGUUUCCAUGGUUGAUGAGUCCGUAAAAGGUAUGUGUGACGCAGCCAUGAAGGACAUCCCAACAGAAGACCAGUCUGCAGCUUUAAACACAGACGAACUCGAUAAGAACGUGAAAUCGGGUCCAGAAAACAUGAAUGUUCUUAAGCUAGAAACAGAGAUUCAUAAUGAAUACUUCCAAGCGCCACCACUUGGCCAGACUCUGACAUUUCAAGCGAACAAGAGCACAGAUGUGGCAGCGGAGGCCUUGUGUCCGCUGACAUCAGACAAAGACGACCAGACGCCAGAGCUGACCGACAAACGGGAAACAGCGUCUGAAACGACCCCGUCACCAAAAGUCUACAGCUGUUCCAUGGAGACAGAAAGGACGGACACUAAGACAGCAGCUUCAAACCCACCUGAGGCUACCAAAGACAAAGCUGCUGAAAUAACACAUGACAAACCUGGGUCCGAUUCACCUGUGAGACAAGUGCUGAACGCUCUUCAGUCGGCGUCCAGAGGCAGUCUGUCCUUGUCCAGACAGUCUCCAGACACAGCAGAUUCAGACGACUCUCCUUCAGCCUUGGAAAUGGAGGACAUCCCCGCAGGAAUAACAUGCGUGACAUCUGAAGACAACAGGACCAGGCCUUUGGCGGGCCUCGCUGCACCCCCCCUGUCUCUGGACCAGAGACAGAAAGCAGCAUCUGAGGACCUGGUCCUGGACCCGCAUCUGGACACAGCCUGUAACACCAGUCCAGACGGCACAGACCUGGGACUGUCAGAGGACGAGCCUGAGAUGGACAACAUGCUUCCUGGUCCAGAGUCUGCAGACAUGGAGGGAGACAUCAAACAGGACGAGUCCUCAGAAGAACAAACCUAUUCUCAAGAACAGCUGGAUAUGUAUUUAAUCAAUUUGCAUCGCAUCGACAAAGACGUGAGACGCUGCGACAGAACAUACUGGUACUUCACUCCCACCAACUUGGAAAAGCUUCGUAACAUCAUGUGCAGUUAUGUGUGGGCUCAUCUGGACACAGGUUACGUUCAGGGAAUGUGUGACCUUCUAGCUCCUCUGCUUGUGAUUCUGGAUGAUGAGGUCAUGGCGUUCAGCUGCUUCACUGAACUGAUGAAAAGGAUGAACCAGAACUUCCCCCACGGUGGUGCCAUGGACUCCCACUUUGCCAACAUGCGCUCUCUGAUCCAAAUCCUGGACUCAGAGCUGUUUGAACUGAUGCAGCAGAAUGGAGACUACACCCACUUCUACUUCUGCUAUCGCUGGUUUCUCCUGGACUUUAAACGAGAAAUGGUGUAUGAUGACGUGUUCUCGGUGUGGGAAACCAUCUGGGCGGCCAAGUACAACUCCUCAGAACACUUUGUGCUCUUCAUAGCUCUGGCUCUUGUGGAGAUGUACAGAGACAUCAUCCUAGAGAACAACAUGGACUUCACAGACAUCAUCAAGUUCUUCAAUGAAAUGGCAGAGCGACACAACGUUCCCCAGGUCCUGGCGAUGGCGCGAGACCUGGUCCACAAAGUGCAAACGCUGAUAGAAAACAAGUGAUUCUGGA